CCCUCUUCUGCAGCGUGAGCGCGGCCACAGACGGAAUGCGCGCUUUCACAUGAAUCCCGACAGAAUGAGUGAAUGUACAAGUACAGUAAACACUCUGAGCGACGAGCAGAUCAUCAACAGAUGGACUUUCGACUAUUACGUGUUCAAGGCGUUCAGCGCGUUCAGAAAUGGAGAUUACACGGCCUUCACGCACUUCACCAACAUCACUGAGAAUUUGGUGGUCAGACCCAUCGAUGGACACAGCGACAUGGUGGUGAAGCUGCGCUUCAUGCAGUUCCUGUCCAGGAUCAACAACGGCGACAAGCUCGAUCUGACAUUUGAAGAGCCCAAGACUCCUCUGGAGUCGGCUCUGAAUGUGCUGGAGAGCAUCUGCAGGGACAUGAGCGUCCCUCAGCGGGAGCAGGACCUGGUGCGGCACGCCAUCAUCGAGACGCUCAUCAUGGUGUGCAUCCGGAGCGGAGAGUUCGAGAAGGCUGAGGAGAUGCUGCUCCGACACUUCAGCGACGCUGCCGAUUCGGCCGGAAAGAAGAAGCUGUUUGUGAAUCUGAUCCGGCGCAGGCGUUCCUCACACUCGGUUCUGCAGCUGAGCUCAUAUGCUGACUUUAAACAGGACAUGCUGGACUUCAUCGAGCGGCUCUACUGUGUCCCCGAGCCCUUCCUCGUUCAGAUGCUGAAGCGCUCCGGACAUCACGGGGUGAGAUCUGAGCCCGUGACGUCGUCACAGGACGGGCAGCGGACCAAGCAGAAGACUAGCGCUGCAGCCGCAGAGGAUCAUGGCGGUGUGUCUGCGCGUCCCGCAGCAGCGGGUCGUCUGAGUCUGCACAGUCUGCGGCAGGUGUACGGCGUGCUGAGCGAGCGCUACGGCGUGAGCGUGUCCUUCACGCAGCUGCAGGAGGAGGUGGAGAUGGAGGCGCAGCAGGAGAACCCAGAGACGGACGGUCCGGAGCUGCACCUGGUCCUGUCCGAGACGCCCAUGGAGCCCAUGGAGAGAGACUGCGGCAGCCAACAGCAGCACGUGCCGCUGGAGACUCGAUACGCCGGCAUGACCAUUUCACGCCUGGUGCAGGAGGACGACAGCCAGAUCAGUGAGGAGGAAGAAGAAGAAAAAGAGACGCGGAACAACAUCAGUGGCGCUCAGGAGGAGGAGGAGGAGACGCAGAUCAGCUCUCCUCACAGGAUCGUCAUUCCCAGCGGUCCAGACUCAGAUGGUCCUGAGGUUCAGACGCUUCCCAGCAGCCCUCCGUCUGCCAGACGUACAUCCGCACACAACCACAACAGUGAAUCAGAGGUGCAGCAGUCUUCAUCAGAUCAGAUCUGCACUCCUGUUCGACGCAGCAGACGCUCACACACGCAGAACAGUGAAUCAGAGGCUCAUCAGUGUUCAUCAUCUCAGAUCUCCACUCCUGCUCGACACACUCGGAACAGCAGACGCUCAGACACAAAGAAAUACAACAGGAUCAUCCUGUCCAGUGAUGUGGACUCUGAGGAUGUCGGUGCAUCUCCUCCGUCCAACAGACGCUCAUCCAGACACAAACAACAGCAGCAGAAUGACAACAGUGAGUCUGAGUGUGUGAUGGAGGUGCAGAGCUCGUCAGCUCAGAUCUCCACUCCCGUUCGUCCCAGCAGCAGCAGCAGCUCCUCAGCCGUCAGACGCUCAAACAGAGACACACAGAAGAAUCACAGUAUUGUCUUGUCCAGUGACAUGGACUCUGAAGAUCUCGGUGCGUCUCCUCCGUCCAGCAGACGCUCAUCCAGACACAAACAACAGCAGCAGAAUGACAACAGUGUGGGUGAAUCAGCUCCGGUCUUAACUCCUGCUCGUCCCAGCAGCCCUACAUCCAUCAGAGAGACACAGAACCACAGCAGUGAGUCAGAGUGUGUGAUGGAGGUGGAGGAUGGAGCUUCAGCCGCUCAGCACUCGACUCCUGUUCGUCCCAGCAGCAGCUCUCAGUCCACCAGACGCUCAGACACACCGAAACGGAACAAAAGUGUGAUUGUGUCCAGUGAGUCUGAGGAUCACAGCUCGUCUCCUGCACGCCGCAGCAGCUCUCCGUCCACCAGCCGCUCCUCUGGAGAAAAGCACAAGAGGAGGAGGGCCAGAUGGCAGGACGUGUCCGGGACGCAUGAGAACUGGAGCGAUGAGGAGUCACUGUUCAGCGCCGCUUCAGGUCCAUCCCGUAAGAAGUACAGCAGGAAGAUGUGGACGACGCAGGAGUCGGAGUGGCUGAAGGAGGGCGUGCGGCGCUUCGGUGCGGGACACUGGGAGAAGAUCCGCUCGGCCUUCCCUUUCACGGGACGCACGGCCGUCAACCUCAAGGACCGCUGGAGGACCAUGCUCAAGCUCAGGCUGGUGUGACAUGCACACGUGUGUUUUAACAUGUUCAGGUUUUAUACUGAUGUUCCUCAAACUGUUUUAAAACAAUGUGUUCAGAUUGUGUUCCCUAUUAAACGUUUGUUCUGUUGGUUCAGUGCUGCUGUCCUCAUUCUCUACUGAUGUUCAGUGACAUGUUUAGUUUUGAGUCAGUGUAUGUCGAAAAACUCCUGUCUCAUGUUCUCCCUCAACUUCAGAAUUGUCCUAUAUCGCUGUUUUACCUUUUUUGUUAAGCGUGUUUGAUCUUCUUUGCAUGUUCACUUUGCAAAGACUGUGUCGGUACUUCUGCAGUGAUGUAGGAUGAUUUUGAAAUGAUUUUUGAAGUUGAGGGAGAAAAUAUUGGAUUGGAGUUUUUUGACACACCCUAACUGUCUUGAGUCUGAAUACACAGAGUUCAGAGAGAGUAAGACAAGACGAGCGUUUGAGAUUAAAAAGUAUUUCAAUUGCAUUUUUUUUAAAAUGAAAAUAACUGAUCAUUUCGCUAGAUAAGACCCUUCUUCUUCAGCUGGGUUUGUUUACAACCGCAUUUGUGAUCGUUUGAAGCUGCAUUUAAACUGCAUUUUGAAAGUUUAAAAAUCUGGGCACCAUAUCAGUCCAUUAUAUGGAGAAAAAUCCUGAAAUGUUUUCCUCAAAAAACAUAAUUUCUUUAUGACUGAAUAAAGUGGACUUGUUCUGGAA